AUGCCAUCCUCUUCUCCGCUUUUCCUCCCCUCAAGCUUCCCUUUUCUUUCACUCCCAUUAUACUUCCAAGAUCGAUUCCAGAUCUGUCUAAAGUAUCCAUUACAACAGACCUUGUUUGACUAUCGCACGGAAAUGCUCUCCCGCCGCACACCCCGAGCCCUCGUCUCCUCGCCCUCGGCUUUUCUUCGCGUCAGUCGAGGAGCAGCCCCGGCGAGCUCAUCCCCUCGCUUCCAGUCGCCCUCGAAGCAUUCAGUUCAGCCUUCAUCCUGCCGCCAGGGUUUUCAUUCCACCCCUGCGAUUCGAAAGGGAAUCUUCCCGGACUCCGCCGACCCUCCCUCCCCGCACCCGCAAUCGAGCAAUCCCGGCGGAGCUGCGUCGCACGUCUCCGAACCCUCCGCUUUGACAGACCAGCAGUUUCACGAGUACUCCGAGCAUUACCUCAACGUCCUCCUAUCUGAGAUCGAAAAAGUCCAGGAGGAUGGACACGAUAUUGAAGCUGAGUAUAGCGCUGGCGUCCUCAAUAUUUCCGUCCCCGGCGUCGGAACCUAUGUUCUUAACAAGCAGCCACCCAACAAGCAGAUCUGGCUCAGUUCGCCGAUCUCCGGGCCGAAGCGGUACGAUUGGGUUGUUGAAGGGGACCAGAUGCACGAGAAGCAGGACACACGGCCAUUCGUUAAUGGACAGUGGAUUUGCCUUAGGGAUGAUUCAAAUUUGACGGAUUUGUUGAAUGGGGAGUUGGGGUUGAGUAUCCCCGAGGAUGUCUAUAGUGCGGUUGAUGAGUGA